AUCCUUCCGUCACGCGACAUCCUACCUUUCCAACCACCACAGCAAACCACACACAUCCGCUCAAUCACAAUGGCUCGCGGCGAGACUCAGCAGACCAAGGUCUACUUCAAGGGCAGCAGCGAGGAGUUCCUCAUCUUCAUUGAUGACGUCGAGACCUACAAGAAGUGGAAGAGCGACAAGAGCGUGCCUCUGGCGCACUUCAUCUCCUCAUUCAAGAUCUUCCUGACCCAUGGCCAAGGACUGCAGGGAACCUACGACACCGCCUCCAAGGCGGCUCUUGAGAACGAGUUCGGCACUUCUGUUGAUGACGAGGUCAUCAAGCAAAUCCUAGAGAAUGGCGAGACCCAGACCUCGGAGAUGCCCGAGCGUCAAGGUACCAAGAACGACUCCAAGGGUCCCAUGGUUGCCCAUUAG